GACAAAGUCUCAGUUGAGUCUCACCAGCCUCACCAUGUCUCCUGCUCUUCAGAAAGGAUCCAGUCUGAUGGAAAACAGAUCUCCACCAUCUUCAUUUUCCAUCGAACAUAUUUUAGGAUUAGACAAGAAGACGGAUGUGGCUUCAUCAGCCAUUAUUAAGCACUACCGGCCAUGGAUUGAGUGCAGCAGCAAGGGAGUAGUCGAUGGCACCUUUUGGCAAAUCCCGGUGAUCGCUUGUGAUCUCCCCAUACAAGUUCACGCCGUGCACCGAUCCGAGGAAGAGGAGACUAAGAUCAGACUGGAGAAGUGUUUCGGAGAUGAGGACAGACUGACCUAUAAGAGAGAACUGAGCUGGUAUAGGGGGCGCCGACCACGAACAGCUUUCACUAGGAGCCAGAUUGAAAUAUUGGAGAAUGUGUUCCGAGUGAAUUCCUAUCCAGGUAUUGAUGUCAGAGAGGAGCUGGCCAGCAAAUUAGCUCUGGAUGAGGACAGGAUCCAGAUCUGGUUUCAAAAUCGCCGUGCAAAACUCAAAAGGUCUCACCGGGAAUCCCAGUUCCUGAUAGUUAAAGACUCGCUAUCAUCAAAGAUACAGGAAUGAGGAUCUCCAUGUCUCUUUGCUGUGAUAUUAUUAUAUAAAAGCAAUGGGAAUAUAUAAAGUGACCGGUCGCUGUUUGGCAGCUGCGCUCCUGAUAGAGCCUUGGACCUCUGUGGUUUCCACUCUCUAUUUUAUUCUGUGUAUUUGUCUAAGAUAUGUAAAUAUUUGCUUGUGUAAUAUAACUGUGAAACAAUGAUGCACUUUCUGUAAAUAGCCUGUUUUUAUCAACAAUAAUAAAUAUUUUGAACUAUC